AUGCACCACCACAAAGAAGGCCCAAGACGCACGCCGCAGGACCUUCGAGACAAGCUGAAUAAAAAGAGGCAACAUCUUGACAAGGAGAUGGAAGAUCUCCGCAGAAGGAUAUCCUCAGCCGCCUCAGAGGAGGGAAGUUGGGAUGAAGAAGAUUUCGACGAUGAAUCUCAUUUUUCUAGAGAAAUCCAAUCCGAACAAUUACCCUCUAAUUUCAAAGAGCCAAACAUAUCUCCUUAUGAAGGGAUCACUGAUCCGAAGUAUCACUUGGACGCUUUCAACGAGAUUAUGAAAAUGAAAAGAUUCACCGAUGAGCUCUUGUCCCAACACCAUGCUUCCCGAGAUUAUGUUGUCCUGAGGACAAGUUUGGUGAAUAUUAAACAAGGAGAAACUAAAAGCUUAAAAAGCUACAUCCAGUGCUUCAACACCGAAGUGACUAAAGUGGGGAGACUCUCUAAGGAUGAUCAUAAAAUGGCUAUCGCUGCCAGAGUCAGACCAAGAAGCAAGCUGCAGAACAACAUGCUCAAGAGAGAGCUGGAUGACCUUGAGGACUUCUAUGAGAGGGCCAAUAGGUAUAUCUUCGUGGAGGAUGGACAUGAAAAUUUAGGAGUUGGAAAAGACGAACAACCUGUGAAGACCCGAGCUGAGGGGUCACACAAAAAGCGGGGAUUCAUGUAUAAGGAUGACCGUCAAGACAAGAAAGCCAAGAGGGAGUUAGAUCCACUACCUCGAGAAUACACCCACUACACAAAACUAACCCAUUCAAGAGAACAUGUCUACCUCACCAAUGAGCAUCAUGUUUUCUUCAAGAGACUGCCACCCUUGAAGAGGGAAAGAGCUAGGAGAGACCACAACAAGUACUGCCGCUUCCACAAAGACGUGAGACACCUCACAGAAGAGUGCAAGCACUUUAAGGUCAAAAUUGAAGGACUGAUACAACGUGGGUAUCUAGGAGAGUACUGGAAGGAGAAUCAAAGGCCAAACGAGCCGCGCCAACGAGAUGAUCAAGAAGAGGCCUCAGAAGUGCUGGGAGACAUCUGCACUUUCAAUAGAGGACUAGGAGUUGGGAGCAAUACCCGCAAGGGAUGA